UCACAGACCAGCUGGUGACGUAGCCGAGGCUGUAAACAUGUACAGUAUAAACACACGACUGUCAGCUCCUGGACUCAGACAGUCAGCAUGGACAGAGAGAAUAGUGGAGGACUUUGGGACUCGGUGAAGAAAGCAGCUUUUGUCAUCGGAUCUGGGCUUUUCUUCCUGGUCGGGUUUAGAAACUCAGUGACAUGGCAUUUGCAGAGGUUUUGGGGAGCGUCUGGAGAUUUCUGGCAGACACAGUGGACCAAGCUUCACCAAGCCACGGGUGGAAAUGAGGCUGCCUUGUUUUUUAUCGGGACGAUGUUGGUGCCGACGCUCUCGUUCUGGCUGUUUAACGCCCUGCUGAUGCUGGUCGACACGACGGGGAAGCCCAGCUUCAUCACACGCUACAGGAUUCAGCCGGACAAAAACAAUCCGGUGGACGCGGGCCGGUUGCGUCAUGCGGUGAAGACGGUGCUGUUUAACCAGGUGUGUCUGUCAGGGCCGGUGGUGGUUCUGGUCUACAUGCUGAUGCAGUGGCGCGGGGACCCGUGCGGCCCGGAGCUGCCCAGCUUCCACUGGGUCCUGCUGGAGCUGUCCGUCUGCGGCCUGAUGGAGGAGGUGCUCUUCUACUACACACACAGGCUGGUUCACCAUCCGUCGCUCUAUAAGAGCAUCCACAAGAUUCACCACGAGUGGACGGCUCCGGUGGGAGUGGUGGCGCUCUACGCUCAUCCGGUGGAGCAUGUGUUGUCCAACAUGCUGCCGGCUCUGGCGGGUCCGGUUCUGCUCGGCUCACACGUCGCCACCACCAGCCUCUGGUUCACCGUGGCUCUGCUGGUGACCACCGUCUCUCACUGCGGGUACCACCUGCCCCUGCUGCCCUCGCCUGAGUUUCACGACUACCACCAUCUCAAGUUUAACCAGUGCUAUGGAGUGCUGGGUGUGUUGGACAGGCUUCACGGGACAGACGACAAGUUCCGUGACUCAAAAGCAUACGAUCGGCACACUGUCCUGCUGGGUCUGACCCCGCUGAGCCAGAGCAUCCCUGAACGCGCCAAGAAAGCGCAGGAUUAACCAGAAUCCACGUGUUAGACGUGUUCCUGUAGUCUCUGCAAGG